AUGAAUCCUAUUUCACAAUUUGUUCGUGCUACUCGUCCCAUAUACAGGAAUUUGUCUACUUCAGCGUGUGUGGCUUCAGCGAGGCCAAUUCCCAACACUGGUUUUUGUUUUGAGCUCAAUGAUGAGCAAAAGGCGCUCCAGGAACUCGCACGCAAGUUUACCAAGGAGGAGAUCGUCCCAGUGGCCGCCCAGUACGACAAGACCGGGGAAUACCCGUGGCCCAUAGUGAAGAAAGCGUGGGAGCUGGGCCUAAUGAACGGGCACGUCCCAGAACAUUGCGGUGGCUUGGGCAUGGGUGUGUUUGACGGGUGCAUGGUCGCCGAAGAACUGGCCUACGGUUGCACCGGUAUCAUGACAGCUAUGGAGGCGAGCGGACUAGGCCAAACACCCGUUAUCAUCGCUGGCAAUAAAGAGCAGCAGAAGAAGUAUCUAGGGAGGCUGAUUGACGAGCCCCUUGUCGCCGCGUACUGCGUGACGGAGCCCGGCGCGGGUUCCGACGUGGCGGGCGUCAAGACGCGCGCCGAGAAAAAGGGCGACGAGUGGAUCCUCAACGGCCAGAAGAUGUGGAUCACCAACGGCGGUGUUGCUAACUGGUAUUUCGUGUUGGCUAGGACCAACCCAGAUCCCAAAUGCCCGGCGAGCAAGGCCUUCACCGGUUUCAUCGUGGAGAGGGAAUGGGCUGGCGUAACCCCCGGUCGUAAGGAGCAAAAUAUGGGUCAGCGCGCCUCCGACACUCGCGGGAUAACUUUCGAGGACGUCCGAAUCCCUAAAGAGAAUGUGCUAAUCGAAGAGGGCGCCGGUUUCAAGAUUGCCAUGGGCGCCUUCGACAAGACCCGACCGCCGGUGGCGGCCGGGGCGACGGGGCUCGCUCAGCGCGCCCUCUACGAGGCGACUAAGUACGCCCUAGAGCGCAAGACGUUCGGCGUGCCCAUCGCCCACCACCAGGCGGUGGCGUUCCUGCUCGCGGACAUGUCGAUCGGCGUCGAGACCGCCCGCCUCGCCUGGCAGCGCUCCGCUUGGAUGGUCGAUCACGGUCAAAGGAAUACGGUGAUGGCUUCAGUGGCCAAAUGUCACGCGUCUGAGAUCGCAAACAAGGCCGCCUCCGACGCUGUGCAGAUCUUCGGCGGGAACGGCUUCAACACGGAGUACCCGGUUGAGAAGCUCAUGAGAGACGCCAAAAUCUAUCAGAUCUACGAGGGCACUUCUCAAAUACAGAGACUGAUCAUCUCCAGGGAGAUUCUGACCGCCGCCAAGCAAUCCAAUGGC